AUGAGCACAGCAAACAACCCACCCCUGUUACUCAUCACGCACCCGCGCUCAGCGUCAAACCUCUUCAUGCGCAUCCUCUCACUACCCGACCACCCGAACGUCCUCGCCGCAGAAAGCGGCGGCUACUUCUUCUACCCGGCCCUGAGCCACCUCCGCGCCGCGCGACUGCUCGACCGGACCCCCGAGCACUGGACCGACCAGGAGACCUCAGCCAUGCAGCAGGUCUUCCAAUCGUGCACCGACAACUUCCGGCAUCUCAUCAGCGCAGCGCAAGCCGCGGGCAAGCGGGCCGUGAUCAAGGAGCAUGCGCCCUUCCUGAUCCGUCCGGAGGUGCGAGCGGACUUUGUGCAUGGGCGGGGGCAGCGGCGGCGGCGGCAGCAGCAGCAGCCGCAGCCGCAACCGAAGCUUAUUGCAACUGCGUCAAAGAUGAAUAUCCAGAUCGGCGAGGACUCCCACAGCAGCACCCCGGGCAACGGCAACGAGGCCGUCCUGCCCGACGAGGUGCUGCUGCAAUGCGUGCCUGCAUUCCUGAUCCGGCAUCCGGCCCUGGCGUUUCCCUCCUACUACCGGGUGAGGCGGUCCUUUGCGGACGGGGACUGUCAAAAGCUGGAGAGCAUGAUGAACGAUCUGGCGGCAAUUUGCACCCUGCGGUGGACGCGCUCGCUGUAUGAUUGGUAUAUCGCUGCGUGGGAGGGGCAGGGACAGCAGCGAUCGCCGCCCAUUCUGCUUGAGGCGGAUGACCUGAUCGAGCGGCCUGAGCUGGCGCGCCACUUCUGCGACCUCGUGGGGUUGGAUUCCACCAGGGUCCGGUUCGAGUGGGAGGCUGUUGUGGACCCAGAGGAGUUGGCCGAGCAUCCUAUCCGAAGACACACCCGGACGACGCUGAUGGCCUCGUCGGGCACCAUCACGCAGGGUAAGACGUUCCGGGGGCUUUCGGUCGAGGGGGAAGCGGUCAAAUGGCGGGCGGAGUUUGGGGAUUACGUUGCGACGAGACUGCUACACUGGGUGCAGGAGGCUAUGCCGGAUUAUGAGUAUCUCUGGGGCCGGAGGGUCGUCUGGUAG